AUGGCGGAAAUCUUUGGUGCUGUUGCAGCAGGCAUUGCUCUCAGUUCUCAGUUGAUUCGCAUCGGUCGUUCUAUUCAAAAGGCCACCAAGCGAGUUCGGCACGCCCGUCGGGACGUGUCAGAUCUCGCUAACGAAACGAUCAUCUUUGCAGGUUUAUACCAAACGUUCCUGCGCACCUGUGCUGAUGACUUGGAGAAAUGCACCAGCACUAAAUCCUCUAUCGGCCGCCUGGCCUCCUGGGCCAAAUCGACUAUUGACAAUCUUCAUAAACUAUUAGAUAAAGUUCAAGCUGUUGGAUCAAAUCAUCGAUAUCGCUACUCCAUUUCUGACACUUUUGCUGCACAUUUCGAGUGGUUCUUUAGCAAGAGCUCCGUGGGUGCGCUUCGAGCCUCGUUAAGCGUGGCAAGGGAGUGUAUGAGCGGAUUCAGCAACCUCGUAUGCAUUAAGAAACUCGAUGUUGAGCUUGAAUACCUGAGAGCUGCUCUUAAGGAUACACGGGUUCGACAGGAGCUUGAGGGAAGAUAUGGGAUGCAGAUUGAAGACAAGAUCAUAAUGGUAGAGCAAGAAAUACAAAAUACACAUACGGUACACCGCACAAACAAAGAGUUGAUGCAUACUGCGAAGACAAAUCUUACGCUGUAUCAACAAAAAGACGAGGCCAUCGACUCUCUUCCUGCGGCGGGUGCGCUACUCGAAUUUACGGAAUCUCUUGAAAGAUGCGAAGAGAGCUUUCUGCCUCGAAACCUAUCAAGGACACGUACGCGUAAAUCUGGUUCAAAUUACACAUCGCGAUCAAACGUCGGGAGCGUGCAAUCUGAAAGACGACCUUCCACAACUGCUUCGACGAGAAUACCACACAAACCACUGUCACGUAAAACGAACACUCAAAGCGUUUCACCAAUGACCUCGGACCGGAACAGUCUACGUCCUAACCAUACUAGGAGUAGCUUGAGCCAGACCUCCAGUUUUGUACCAAGCUCGGCUUCAUUUGUCUCUCCGACUUCUAGUAAUGUUGGUAAAGCAAGCUCAGGUGGCAGUACUGCAUGUACAAACAUUACAGAAAAUGUUGACGACCAUAUCCACAUGGGCGUAAAGAGAGAGCGUCGCGAUAGCCAAGCGAGAGAGUACAUAAACGAUCCCGAUGGGAACAUUUUAAGCCCGCCAAUAGCGCUCCCUCGUUGUGGGUUGCACGUACCCGGACCAUCCAUUCAAAAAGGUCACCUACAGAGGACAGAAAGUAUAGGUCGUCAUACGAUAACGAUAGCACCCAGACACCUGCUCAUCAAUUCUCGUCUGCUCGCCGUCCGAGGCGAUAUGACUCCAGAAGCCAUCUUCCAAACCCUUAAGAGAAACGCCGACAAGCUCGAUUCCCUAGAUCAGAUUCUCAAAAGAGGCUUCAAAGAGGAGUACAAGUGGUCAGGAAUACCCGGGUUGCUUUUAAGAUCGGGGGGACUGUCAGCCCGUGACAAUCACGCUCUGGAUACGUUCUCGCCUGAUGAUUGA